GGUCUUUGCUUCAACGUCAUUUUUCGCGGGCCCGCGUGCCACGCCCAAUCGAAUGUGCUGUGCCGUAAUGAGGCGUCAUGUUCUGUCUUUAGUUGUAAACAAAGUGAGGGAAUAUCCAAAUUCAUAUUCAGCUUAUGUAGCUAACAUGACUGGUAAUCCCAAUACAAUUUCUUGAAAGCCAGUGUUUUACAGAAGCGAUUUCAGGGUCGAGCGCUCAUUUCGUAUGGGAUAAAUUAUUCAUGAGAGAAGUUCCCCCACAGUUUGAUUGGUUGUCCGAAUAAGAGGCUAACUUCUGUGCUGAGUAAUUCAUUUUGCAACAAAUAUGGCGACACGGAGUUGUCAGAGGAAAUCACGCCGAUGGUCGUGUGUUGGUGAUUCUUGAAGGAUUUGUUAUUCUCGCGCCCACGAUGAGCUUGGGUUUUAAUUCCCAGGGCAAGUACAAGCCCCACCGAAGACGGAAGAGUGCGGGUGCCGAGGUGGUGAACGGGGUAUCCAGCGGCAAGCACGAGGAGCACAACCUCGGGGAGGGCGGUAAGUUUUCCCCGGUACGAGAUGCUGCGAAGGUUCGCCUGGGAGCUCCAAGGAACGAGGCCGAGGAUCCGAUCUGGCUGCAGGGGAGCCCCGACAGAGGGAUUGUCCGUGUGUACGAGGUAGACUCGGACCUCUCCGUGGCCGUUAGGUGCACUCUACAGACGAACGCGGCCGAAAUCUGCCAAAAACUCGGCCUGGAUGCCGAGGUGCCUUUACCAGCGCUCGAUGAUCUCCCGACUACUGAUGCUCCCCCACGCCUUCCUACAGACACCGAACUGAACGGAGACAAAACUACUACUAGUAACGGGGAUUCUAACGGUCCCACCGACUACAGGACAGACAAGGUCUGCUCUCUACAUGUGCAAUUCAACGGGGGUUCUGUGCGGAGAUUGGGUCCCGGGGAGCUUCCGUUGGUUCUCCAGCAGGAGUACCUCAGCCGCCUGGGCUUGACGGAACCGCGCCGCCUUCAACAGGAGGGUCGGGCGCACGACCUGGGUAGUCUCAUCAGAUUCUACGCAGGGAGACCAAGAGUUGAAGAUGGUUUGGAGAGGGUGGUCCUGUCUGGUGUCUACAACGUUAAGAGUGGGCGUAAGCUGGCCAGCCACAAGUGGAGCCCGCGCCUGGUGGUGCUAUGUGGGACCAGGCUGCUGGUGUACCCGUCUACAGACUGCAGCGACAAGCCGCACGUCUUUCAACUCACCAACGGGAAGGUUGAGGAGCACAAGUCCAAGAAGCACGACCACUCCCUGGCCUUCAGCUGUGGGGGGCAGACCUACUAUGUGCAAUUUGAGUCCUGGCUGGAGAGCAUGAAGUGGCUCAGACUAGCUUCAAAGGUUGCGUCUCAGCAGCCGUGUACGAUGGACCUGUCCAGCUGCAGCCUGGAGCGGGUGCCUGACUGCCUGUUCUCUCACACCGACCUCACCUGCCUCAACCUGCGCCAUAACUACCUGGGCGAGCGACCUCACCACGUGCCAACGGAACAACAGGGCUACCUGGACGACCUCACAAGAUUUCAGCAGCUGAGGAGCCUUAAUGUCGCCUAUAACUCGCUGGGACAGUUCCCAGCAUGCAUCUGUGAUGUCGCCACCCUGACGGAACUGAACGUAGCGAGCAACAGAAUAGAGGAACUGCCUCCCUGCAUAGCUAAGCUGGAGAGCCUCCAGGUGCUGCAUGCCGAGUGUAACCACCUGACAAGUCUGCCCAAUGAGCUGCAGCAGCUGCAGCACCUGACUCUACUUGGCAUCGCCUUCAACAGGUUCACAGAGGUGCCAGAGGUCCUGGCAGAGAUGAAAGGAAUUGAGAAUGUGGUGCUAACUGGGAACAGACUACAGAAGCUACCUGUGGAACUGAUGAGCAAACUGACUCACAUCAGGAGACUAGACCUCAGGUCAAACAGGUUAGAAUUGACCUCUGUGGAAAACGUGACAUUUCUGGCCCUGGACAGCCUGACCCACCUGGACAUGAGCUACAACAGCGUGGCCGAGCUGGACGUCCGCGUCCUGAAGCAGCUGACGCACCUGUGUUGCCAAGGCAACGGCAUGAGCAGCCUACAGGUGUCAGGGGAGAGACUGGAGGUGCUGAAUGCCAGCCAUAACAAGCUGUCCACAAUAGAGAUCACCCCCCCUCCCCACAACUUGGUGACUAUCGAUGUGUCAUGCAAUGCCUUCGAGAAACUGCCGGAGUCCCUGUGCGACUUGAAAGGACUGAAGCUUAUCGAUGCCAGUAGGAACAAACUUAACUGCCUCCCACCCAGGAUAUUCUGGCACGUCCCCAAGCUGACCAGACUGAGAGUAGGACACAACCGCCUGUCCGCCCUGCCUGACCGGGUAGACAACUGCCUGCUGAAGGAACUGGACCUCCAACAUAACAGACUCACCCACCUCCCCGCCGCACUACUCAUGAGGGCUCACAGGUUGCGGGUGCUGAACCUAUCGUGUAACCGACUGGUGACCCUGCCGCAGCUGGGCCCCUCGGAGAAACUAAAGAACGUGGAGGAGCUGUACCUGUCCUCCAACUACCUGGUGGAGCAGUCGCUACUCGUCAUCGCUGGGUACCCGCGCCUCAAGGUGCUGCACAUGGCCUACAACAUCAUCAAAACCAUCCCCGCAAGGUUCUUUGUGCGACUGGAGCAGCUGGAGGACAUUAACCUGUCUGGGAACCACCUGACGCAGCUGCCAGCCACCAUCACACAGCUGCCCAAGCUGCAGGUGCUGCGGGCACACUCCAACCACCUGACGAGCCUGCCGGACUUCUCACAGGCCAAGCUACUCAAGGUGCUUGAUGUGGGCUGUAAUGAGCUCCGUGAGGGCAGCCUGUCGGGUGACCUGCUGUCCCAGCUGAGUGAGCUGGACCUGGGAGAGACGCAGCAGUUCAGCAAGGCGGAGACUCUGGUCAACGGUUCUACCGGCCUGGCUCUGCUGGGGGCCGGACCAGACGGACAGGACUCCACACUCUGGAGAUACGGCUGCGCACAGACGUACGGACAGAGGAACAACCUUUGUGUCAGACAAGUCCUGAGACCCACCUACGGCGCUGACAAGAACGAGGGUCUGUUUGCCGUGUUUGAUGGCGGGAGGAACGCCGACGUGCCGCAGCAGCUCCAGACGAGCGCGGCAGAGAUUGUACAGGAGGAGGUCAGGAAACACCAGGAGGGGGACAAGGACAACAGCCACAUGAAGUACUCUGUACUCACCGCUCACAAGAGACUAGGUUCUGUAGGUCAGAAGCUUGGAUCUUCCGGAGUCUUCUGCCACCUGCAGAGGUUAGCCGAGGAUGCCUACACUCUACACCUGGCCAACGUGGGCACCUGCCAGGCCGUGCUGUGCAGGGAGGGUGUGGCUGUCAGCCUGUCCAGGUGCCACACCCUGGUGGGAGCUCCGGAGGAGGGGGUGAGGGUGAUGGAUGUGGACGGCAUGUUUACUGAGGACAACAAAGUCAGUGGAGUGACAGAGGCCACCAGACAACUGGGUCGGAACUACCUGCACCCCACCAUCAUCCCAGAUCCUUACGUCCAUUCCGUCAACCUCACGCCGCGGGACGAGUUCGUCAUCCUCGCCUGUAGGGGAUUGUGGGAUUAUGUUGCCCCCAUGGAGGCAGUUGACGCCAUCCGUAGUAAGAACAACCCGCUGAAAGCGGCAAAGUUGCUGAGGGACAUCGCGCAGGGCUGCGGUUCGCAGGACAACAUCAGUGUGGUGGUUGUUCGGUUACAGGAAUGUGAGGAACCAGAGGAUAACUGUGCUGUUAUUCAGCCGGAGGACCAGCCACCGUCCAUGGAGAACCUCACCGUGUCCGAUUCAGGCGAGAGCGACACAAAGGCUGAAGGGAGCGAGGUUAGAACUAAUGGGAACGGGGUAACCGUGAGUGAGGGAAAUGGGGUGGAAGGGUCGGUGUCAACUAUUUUGGACGACAGGUCGUCGGUGUCUUCUCUCCAGAGCACGUCAAACUCUGCGGGUAGUCAGGCAGACGAGCAAGAGUCGAAGGUGGCUCUGGCUGACGUGACGGCAGGUUUGGACAAACACGCCAUUCAGGAGGCGGUCCACAGAGACAGGCACAAGAAGGCUUACCAGUCCAAGUCCCACAGUCUGACGUACGGAGCAGAACGGCCCCUGAAGAAUGGGUGGAAGGCAGACAGAGGUGGCUGGGUAUCUGACAAUGCAGUGGAUGACAGUGAUGAGGAAGGGGUGGAAAACAUUGCCACAGAGGUCCAGGUUGAGGUGGAAGUGUACACCCCCUCCCACACCCCCUCCCAUAAGCCUAACAUUGUAACAAUAGUCAAUGCCGUGGUCGCUACGCCUCACCCUGUUGAAAACGGACUACACGAAGACAAAGAGAAGCCAACCAGUGAACAAAAUGGGGCCAUAAAUGGGCACGCAGACGCGGAUAAAACACCGCUGAAGUCUUCCAAGAGAGCCAAUGGUUCGGUGGUGCCGGACUCGGACGUUAUCUGCAAGAUUGAGAUCGCUCCUCCUAAGCCCCCUCCCCGCAGUUACUCCAGCCCGCCCACCCUGGCAGUAGACACUUCCACGGAUGGAAGCACGUCACCGGUCCGUAAACGAGCCGUGGAAAACGGGCACGCCGCGAACGGCCACGAAAUGCAGGGGGUUGAGGAGGAGACGGAGGAGUACGACACUGCGUUGUAAUAUGAUACUUUUGUAAGCUGACACGUUAUUGCUACAUUUGUAAUACGAUACUGCUUUACGAUGGAGAAGUGUGCUGUAAUGUGAUACAACAAUGUAACACAAUACGGCAUUGUACAUAAGGAAAAUGCCAUUUGUACAGACUAUAGCCCGUAAACCGGUCCAGUCCCUAAGCCGGGACAUGUCCAGAAAUUUGUACCUCAUAGAUGUAUCUGUCCGCAUGGUUGAUUGAAUGUAUUAAGAGACAUUUAGACAGAAGGUGACCAAAGGUACCAGAAACAGGCUUAUCUUGUCUUAUCUGUAGAGUGAGAUGUCCAAAUACUACUGGUAGAUAUUCUACAAAUCUUAUGGACUGAUUCUCCUGAUGUAUGGAACAAUAUGGCUCACUAGAAAAUAUUAUAGAGUAAGACUUGUAAGUACAUGUAAAUUGUGAAUACAGUAGUUAAGUCAUUUGCAACAAAGAAGAUUGUGGGAUGAUUUAGAAUUUCCAAGUACAUUGCAAGGCAAUGAAAGGAUGAUAUCCUUAAUGAAAAUGGUCAAAGUAUUGAGAUUUCCAGACUUCAGUUUUGGGCCGGGGUGGCAUUGAAAAGAAAACUUGAUUAUUGAAGAGACAAAGGACAAAAGUAUCAAUAGUGUUGACCGUUGAUCUAUAUGUGGCAUAUUGUCAAUGCGAUUAACUGCUGAACACCUUGCGACCCAGAAAUACAGUGUGGUUACCACAGCACUGAAAGGAUACUUUUGAAAAUGGAUUUAAAUGCUUGUUGAUCUUACCCAGUAACUAGUCUGGCUAAGUUUUAGUACUCUUACACUUGUAGAUAAAUCAUUGUUUCUGUCCUAAAUGUUCAUCCUUGAAAAUAUCUUCUAGGUCCUUUGCCAUACGUUUAAUCCCUUGCCACCUAUUCAAAUUAGAGGUUGCCGAUAUGCCAAGUACAAAAUGUAUCAAGUCUCAGAUUGUUUGGGAAAUUGUAUGGAUCUGCUUUUGUGCCACUUAUGGAAUUUUCCAAAAAUCCCUUUGAAUAGUUUAAGAUUGUAGGAAGAACGGUCCGUGCCAUGUAUAUACUAUUAGUUAUUUUGGCUACCCACUGUGGAAUGUGUGACUAUGUGGUGCUCAAUAUGCUAUAUGAACAUCAAGAAUUGGACUAUAUGUAUAUGUAAUUUAGAUGAAUUAAGUAGGCUACUGGAUUUACCAAAUGUAAACUCUCUACUGUCUAAACUUGCCUUAACUUGUACUAUUUUUCUGGGAACUUGUGUAUUUCUUAUCUCCAAACUGUUCUAGUACAUAGUUUUUAUAAAUUGCCAGCACACAUGGAUGUUAUUGAGUGAGAGAGACAGAGAGAGACGGUGAUGUUGGUUGGUUGUUACCUGCUCUUCUGUUUAAUGAAAUUGUACAGUUAAGAUUUGAACUGACCAAUCACAAGACUUUUUCCAACACUUGAAAUAUAUUUGAAAUUCUUGGCUUCUAUUUUAUUUUUACAUUUCAAACAGUCUUAAUUUUAUUUAGUUAUCUUAAGCUGGCAUUUGUUUAAGAAGGACAUUCGUUUCAGUGCUUAUAUUGUUGAUUUGAUUUUGUAUUGUAGAUAUGAUUUGGCUAGUUAAAUUAGAUAACAUCUGUUUAGAAGGAAAUCAAUUUUUUUGCGCGUGAAAAUGCUUUUCUUUUGAGAUAGGUGAGAAAUAAUUUUGAUUCAGCAUUACUCAAAGAAUGCAUUAUUGUUUGGUUGUUGAAAGAAUUGUUUCGAGUGAUCGCUAAAAAAUUUCUUUGUACUCGUGCCAGUAAUUAUACAGUUGAAACUGAGAUUGAGAUAGUGUGGAAAGUAAAUUUGAAUAAGAAUGUGCAACUGAGGCAGUCUGCUACAUGUAGGUUCUAGUAGUGUAACUUUCUCAGUUCUAUUCAUUCCAUUCACUGGCUUGAACAUUUUGUGUAUAUGUGUAUGUAUAAAACUAUUUUAGAUUUAUUUUUCUUACUAAAUUAACUUUGAUGAUUUUUUUUUUUAAUUUUCUACUACAGGGUAGUUUCACGAGUGGAGGUAUUGCUCUGUUCUAAGAACUGUGCCAAUUUCGAUUGUUUGAAUACAGACUUGAAAAGCCAAAAGGAAACUUGAACUUUGUAUAGUCGUAUACUUGGAACAACUGCCAAGUGAUCUGCUUGAAGAAUUUACAUUGUGAAUUUUGUAUAUUUCUCUACUUCAAGAAAUGGAAUAUUGAAAAAAGGAAUGUGCCACCAUGUUUAAUAGUGGGAAACUGACCUGUAAUGUAUUGUAAGAUAAGGAAAGAACACAGAAGAAUAUUAAUUCGGAUUAAUGUGUAUUUUAACUGUUUAUCAUGAUGUGUCAUUCUUUUGUAAUCUCCACAACAGUGUCAUAGAUAAUAAGGCAACGAAAACUUUCCACCAAGUAGCCUUGUUUCCUGAGAAGGUGUUGAUGAAACAACUCUACACUCAGCCUUCUGUCAGAACAAUGAAUUCCCUUGUUUCAAAAGUUAA